UCAGACAUACUCGUACGUGGCUUGAAAUCGAUUGUUUCAAUAAAGAGUUGCGUAAAGUGUAAGCACAACAAUGAGCUUCUCCUGUUAAACACGAUGUCUCUACUACGAUCGUUGCCUUCGGGGCUUAAUAAAGCCUCGAAAUUGACAUUUCGAAGCGUUCCAUCUGUAUCUUAUCAUCCAAAUGUGAUAGAUCAUUAUGAAAAUCCAAGAAACGUAGGUUCUUUGGAUAAAAAUGACCCCAAGGUUGGUACAGGUGUUGUGGGAGCACCAGCCUGCGGAGAUGUAAUGAAACUUCAGAUUAAGGUUGAUGAACAAGGAAAGAUCAUUGAUGCUAAGUUUAAAACUUUUGGUUGUGGUUCUGCUAUUGCUUCCAGUUCCUUAGCUACAGAAUGGGUCAAAGGAAAAACUGUCGAUGAAGCACUGGCCCUCAAAAAUACUGAUAUUGCUAAAGAAUUAUGUUUACCACCCGUCAAGCUUCAUUGUUCAAUGCUUGCAGAAGAUGCGAUUAAGGCUGCUUUGUCAGAUUACAGUAUAAAACAAAAGCAAAAAUUGAAAGUCAAUGAGAAUAGUGAUAAGACAAGUGAAGCACUAUAAUGUGGUCUAUAUCCAGAUGUAGUAUUCAGUACGUUCAGCUUUGCUUUGUUCUACUAAUUAUAACCUUUACAUAAAUUAAAAUGUUAGUGAAUUGUGAGCUGUAACUAGAAUGAGGAAAUAUAUAUAAAAUCAUAUGUAGAAGCACUUAUAAAUGUAUGCUAUCUUUUCUUCUCUCAGAAAAGAAAAUAAAUAUAUUUAAUUAAAAA